AGAGAGAGAGAGACCUGUCCUGGUCCCUUUUCUGGCAAGAAAUCUGAUUCUGCCGAAUCUUUGGGAAUCUGGUUUUUGUUUGUAAAAUGGCUGUUGAUUUUUUUCUUUGGUAGGGUUGUGUUUAGAGUUUUAAGCGAGAUAAUGUAAGGCAGUCAUUUUGUAUUUAAUGCUGGAUGCCUCGUCCUUAGGCCUUUCUUGGCCAUGUUUCAUUUUCCUUGGUGUCUGAUAAUCACUUUUGGGUAAAAGGGUUCGGAUAUUUGUGACAUAGUUUGGUUAACUUGCUGUGUACGUUGAGUUAGCGUCAGAAGCUCUUUUCUGUUUGUUUGGUUUUUUUUUCCUUUCAAAAAGAAAAGGCACCUACUGAGCAUCCCUGAUCGUUUCUCUUGUUUAGAUGCACUAAAGUUCCUGGGAUGAUAGAUUCGCCCCUUCUCGGUCUUUGUACCCGUACACCAGGGGUUGGAAAAACCACCCUAGGCAAAGAACUUGCAUCAAGAUCAGGACUGAAAUACAUUAAUGUGGGUGAUUUAGCUCGAGAAGGGCAGUUAUAUGAUGGCUAUGAUGAAGAGUAUGAUUGCCCCAUUUUAGAUGAAGAUAGAGUAGUUGAUGAAUUAGAAAACCAAAUGAGUGAAGGUGGAGUUAUUGUUGAUUACCAUGGUUGUGAUUUCUUCCCUGAACGCUGGUUUCACAUAGUUUUUGUGCUGCGAGCAGAUAACAGUGUAUUGUACAAAAGACUUGAAACAAGGGGUUAUAAUGAGAAGAAACUAAAAGAUAAUAUUCAGUGUGAAAUUUUUCAAGUUCUUUAUGAAGAAGCAUUAGCAUCCUACAAGGAAGAAAUAGUACAUCAGCUGCCCAGCAAUAAACCAGAAGAUCUAGAGGAUAACAUCAAUCAGAUAUUGAAGUGGAUUGAGCAGUGGAUUAAGGAUCAUAGCUCCUGAUUUACAAGACUACUAGCCACUUUACAACCACUCUUGUUAUAUCUGUGCCAUAUUGAAUAAAUUGUCCAGUUGUCGGUAAAGCUUUUUUAUUAAAAUUGAGCUGCAAGACUAAUA